UCGCGGCGCACGGGAGACAACGCACGUGGGAGCUGCAGCUCACGUAGGAGAAGAAGCGCAUGGAAGAUGCACGGAGGGGAGAGCAGAGGGAAGGGCGAACGGGAGACAACGCACGUGGGAGCUGCAGCUCACGUAGGAGAAGAAGCGCACGGAAGAUGCACGGAGGGGAGAGCAGAGGGAAGGGCGAAGUGCACCUGGAUGCACUUUUGCGCCAGAUGCAUCCAACGGAGGGGAAUGGUGAAAUCACAAACCCUUUGGUGAAGGCUUGGUUGAAGGAGAAAGCAGAAAAGCAAGAUGCAUCGGAAGUGGAUAAGCUGAUUUAUGACUAUUAUCUCAUCAACAAAAGCCCCUGGUCUGUGUUGGAUGAGAAUGUCGCAUUUAUGACAUCUGCGGACUCAGCAAUCGUGAGAGUUCCAGGAGCGGUUAGAACAGGCGACGGCUGUGACGGGGCUAUCAGAUACCGGGCUGCUUUUCCUGAAAUCAAACCAAAAGGCGCAAACUUCUACCCACCCGAUAUGACCAAACAGGAGUUUGAUACCUGGCUGUCAGGUUUGGGGGAGCAAGAGCGACAAGAAGCGAACGGAUUUUUCACUGUGAUCCAAAGAAAAGGAUCUGAAGAGCCUGUCAGUGUUGGGACUGUGGAGAACCGAGUUCACCUCGAGUGCUUCACUCAAGGAAAUCUUCAAGCUGUUCCUUACUCACAGGAGUACAAGCAUCAUCUGGAAAUUGCAGCGAAAAUCCUCAAGGAAGCAGCAGAUGCAGCAGAGUCGCCAAGUCUUAAGAAUUUCCUGGCUGCAAGGGCUGAGGCCUUUCUAUCCAAUGACUACAUGGCAUCGGACAUCUUAUGGAUGGACCUGGUAGCAGAUCCGUCUUUGCCAUUUGUCGUUACCACAGACGCGAGUCAGUAUGGUAUAGGCGUCGUGUUACAGCACGACGACGACAAUGGCUACAGACCCGUAGAGUUCAUGUCAGCGAGGAUGCCGUCAGAGAAGGUUGCUACCUCGACGUACGAGAGAGAACUCUACGCUCUCGGGCAGGCUUUAGAGCACUGGAAGCAUCACCUGCUUGGGAGGCACUUCAAAGUGUACUCCGACCAUGAGACUCUUAGAUGGUUGAAGACACAGGCCAAGAUGACACCUAAGUUGACUAGGUGGGCCGCUGAGAUAGGCCAAUAUGACUUCGAGCUCAAGCCUGUUAAGGGCAAGUACAAUGUAGUUGCGGAUGCUCUGAGUAGGAGAUCAGACUACUUUGGAGCUAUAGUUCACUAUCUGGACAUAGGGAGUGACCUGCAAGAGAAAGUUAGACAGGCAUAUGCGCAGGACCCUAUCUAUAGUGACCUCCUUAAGAGAGUUAAGGAGGCCCCAAAGACUGAGCCAUAUUACCGCACUACAGAGGGUCCAAAUGAAUUGUCGUUCCGGCUAGGAGUUCUACCUUCUGCUCUUGGUGAUUUACUGUUUUUCUUUUAUCUGAACUAUCUAUGUCCGGUAUUGAGACGCGUGCRCAGAAAGCGGAAAGAGAGAGAAGGGAGAGAGAAGGUGUUCUUUGAGAGUGUGAGGAGGGGUAAGAGGAGUGUUCGUCCAAAAGUGAGCAAAGUGCGGACCCCUCUUGAUAGAUCUACUGACGCUGUAUCCUCCAACAUGGUAGACAUCACAUCCGAGCAAUGGAAGGCCAUGCUGGACGCAGCGACCGAGAAUGAGAAACCUUUCUUUCAGAAACUUUAUGAGGGCGCAAUGCACAAAGAGAGGGAGGGAGAGGCAGCAGCUAAAGCCACAAGUAUUGCUACACAAGUGGCCCUCCUCGAGGUUCCGGAAUCUGGUGAUGACCGGUUCCAAGAGAAGCUAGCUGCUGUCGUAGCAGCCUUGAUUCGACUGCGGACCUUAGAAGAUAUCGAGUCCCGUGUGACAGCUCAAGAGAAGCGAAACCAAGAGUUGCACGCUGAGAUAGUCAGCCUCAAACAGUCCCAACUAUCUGCCCCCCGUCCUCCUAAUCCUCGACCUGCUGCAGUCCCAGUCUCUCACCCUAGCACAAUCUUCAUGUCGAGAGCAAGUGGAACUGUGACAAGCGCAGAAACCGGUGCCAGCUCCUCAAGCGACAGGGUUGGCAGCUCUGCACUGGUCCUAGUCCCAAAUGCAGGAACAUCAGCCCAAAACGCUGCAGUUCUUACUGGCAUACAAUACAACGGUCCCGUAGUGGACAAGAGGGCGGCCACUCUGCCGUCCAAGUACGACGGGAAGGGGGACAUCACCUCUUGGAUCAGCUCCAUGCGCUCAUACUUCGAGGUUCUGCGAACACCGCAGGAAGACCGAAGCAUGAUCAUGGGCACAAAUACUGAGCCCGGCGUACGGAGUUUCAUAGAACUCCAAGCUGUUACUGCACGUUAUGAGAGGAUUGACCUGACUAAGUGGCUGAAAGUGACUCCUGUACGUACUCUUGAGGACCUCCUCAUCGCGCAGUAUCAAGAUAAGCACGCUGCGCUCAAGGCAAGGCUGAAGCUUGAGGCCCUCAAGGGCCAAAAGUGGAGGACUUCCAUGCAGGCUUUGGAGCAGCACUUGACUGGUAUGUUCACCACUCCAAACCUAGGAUGGACUGACGUGUCUUGCAUGGACGUAGUAAUGGGAGUGGCCCCUGAAGGUUAUGUCUCACGGCUAGUACCCAAGGACCAUACGACUUGGCGUGAGCUACUGACGGAUCUAGUCAAUCUAGAAGCCAAGGACCUCGCCAGGCCUGCAAAGGCACCCGCUGCAGGUAGAACCUCGCGAUGCAAGCGGUAUGAAAGCAGCAACCAGCUUGCCCUGCAUGAACAUCGGGAGGUUGAGGAUCAGUCCUAUGCGGAUGAUUUGUCUCUAGAUGACGAUCUAGAGCCGGACUCCGAUAUGGGCUGUUCUACAUCAGCCAUUGAGUCUGACAUAAAUGAAGAAGAAAAAUGUAAUGCCUUCAAAAAGACUGCUUCAAGCAAGGGGCCUAACCGUGGUUCAGGUGUGCGCGUCACCUUUGACAAGGAUCGCACAGUCACACAUGAGCUGAACUUUUACAUCCUAGAGAAUUGUCCUUUCGACGCGGUCAUUGGCUUGGGCUGGUUAAAGGCUCAUUGUCUAGGGACCACGUGGGUGGAUGCUCAGUUCGUGGUGAUGACGUCUGAAGUAGGCAGAGCUGAUAGUGACGAAGUCCAUGAAGCUGUCGAUGACGUCCAUGGUGAGAAGUUCGUAAUGCUGUCGAGGAAAAGUCUCAAUGUCGACGAGCUAAAGUGGCAAAAUUGGAGUGGAUGGAGUACUGAGAAGUCAAAGACGUGGGAAGAUAAGUCAGAGUCAAUCGUCGUAUCGAGCAGGACGACGACGAGUGCGCUGUGGACGCUCAGAAGCAUCCGGCUGCUGUUGAAGGAAGUCCGCGGGAACACGAGGGUCAUAGCCGAGGUCGCAAUAGUAAGGCGACAUCCUCGUGGCUGGCGAGACGGCGUGGUUGUAGGCUAUCUCCGCGUGGGCAAGAUGGAGAUCCCACUGCUGGUCGUCACGAACAAUCUUUCAGAGAAUAUCUCCGAGAGUCCUAUUUGUGACCUCGGUCUGACCAUCAGUCUGGGGAUGGUAAGACGAGGAGAAGCGAAGUUGGGUGCCGUAAACCUCAUGGAGCCGUCGCCAGAAUCGGCUGGUAAAGCGCUGGUCACGGUCAGAUAUGAUGCUCAAAGGUAAGUCGUGGUCACGCACGACUCGGUCAAACACGAUGUCGGCGACCUCACGUGCACUGAUGGCAUAGCGGCACGGAACAAAGCGUGCACGCUUCG